AGUAGAAUUCUAGACGUUUCGGCCAAACCACGUUCAUAUUUCGUUUUAUUUUCAGCUCAAAACAAUGUCUGCGUAAAUAUUUUCUGAUAGAUUAAUGUUCGGCUUAAAUACAGUCGACUGAAAUAUUUUCCGAUGAUUUAUAGCCCUACCCAUAGUGCGAGGCGUACAACAAGCAGCGUUAAAUCUGUACAUUUUCCUGAGUGGGGGCCCACUUCCUUCAAGCCAUGUGUCAUUGAUAAAAAUAUAAAAGAUAAGAGAAUUAAUUGUAAUUCAUAGGUAAUUCGUUAAGUUUGUUUUGUUGUAUAAAUAUUUAAUUAAGAUAUAUUUUUUUAAUUUUACAUAUAUAAACCUGGAGUUUCAAAAGUGUCUUCCGAGAUGAUCAGCUUGAAUAAACAAAUAUUUUUUCUUGGUAUAUUAUCAUUAGUGCAUGCUGCUUAUUCAGCAGCUCAACGUGAGUAUUACAAAAUUGUACUUAUUGACUUAUGUUUGGAUUUUAGCAUUUUAAAUAUAAUUAAUAUAUUUUUGACAAUAAAUUUAAAUUAAAUAUCUAGAAUAAUAAAUGGAAUUACUGAAAUCUUAAUAUGUUAAAGUACUAUUUUAUUUGUGGAUCUAAGACAAUUCAUUCCUAGACAAUCCGUUCCCACAAAAAAACGUCAUAUACGGAUAGUCCGUCUCUGGUAAAUUUUUUUUCAACAUGUUUUUAUAAGAUUAAGUUUUAGUACAUUUUUCCUAACAUUUUUCUUAUCACUUACAAUGUUUAAUACCAAAAUAAUUUUUGAAACAUAAAAAAUGUAAUAUAAUAUAGGUAGCUUGAAUUAUAAUUUAAAAAGAAGUUAAAGUCAAAAUGGUCUGAAUAAUAAUGUCUAAAUAAUUUAAAAAAUAAUUUAAAAAACAUUUAAAAAAUAAAAUUGAAAAAAUAAAAUAAAAUAAUAAUUAGAAAAAUCAAUGUUUAAUAAUGAUACUUGUCUUAAACUAUAUAAAUAAUUUUAAAUUUUAACUUUUGAAAAAUUGAUACUAAAACUAUGACAAAUAGAUAUGGAUAUUAUUUUUUCUGUGUCGAUUACAGAUUUCAUAAAAUUAUUUCAAAACAUAAUGUUAUAAAAAAAAGUGCUGAAAAUAAAAAUACCAGGGGCAGAUUGUAUAAAAUUAUGACGAGUACGGAUUGUACGCAUUUGAAAAAUUUUCGCGGGUUCAAAUUUUCUAUUCCCCUUUAUUUGUGUUAUUAAUUCUGUUUAAACAAUGUUAAAACUUUAGUUUCUAGAAUAAAAUUGAACUAAAAUAAUAAUACAUACUACACAGUUACUUGUACAAAAUUAAAUAAAUAAAUAAUUGAAAAAAAUUUCAGCCUGCAUACUGUUGGUUUUUUUAUGUUAGCUUUUAACUUUAUAAGUUUCUAAAAUAUAAUUUAAAUUAUAGUUUUCUGUAAACAAUUUAUUAAAAAAAGUGCACAUUACUUUAUUUGAAUAAGAUAAUAGUAUUAUAUUAAGAAUGUCAUAAUUUAAUAAUUAAUAAAAUAACCAAUAGAGGGGUGUUUAUGAAAAAUCUAAAACAUAAAUAUUUAAACAGCAAAAUCUGAUAAUUUUGUGUCUGACAUGGUGCAGUUUCUAGUUUGAAAAUCAAUUUUUAUUUGUUAAAUCAGAAGUUCCCAUCGUUUUUUACUCAACGCUCAUUUUGGUUUUUUUUAAAAACUCACCUCCAUUUCCCAGUAAGUUAAAAUAAAAAAAUGUUAGAUUCAGCCAUUCAUUUAAUGUGAAAAACUAUUUUUCUACACUUUGUUCUUGGACAUUUUAUUUUUUAAUUAUUUCUUUAUUAAUAAUACAGGACAAGCCCAAACAUAUAAGUAAUAUAAUAGCAAUUCAAUAAAACAAGUAAAACUUCAGAGGUUAAAUGAAGGGUCGACAAUAUGCAUACGGUGAGGAAGAGGAGAGUUGAGAGCAGAAAUUGGAACCGAACUUAAAAGAACUGGUAGACCAGAUUAAAUCGGAACCAGAGUUUUUAAAAUAUUGAGAACCAGAACCGGAAUGAAAACCUUUAUUAAGUUAAAUAAAGUAUUGGAAUUUUUAAAUUUAAUAGGUUCUUUUAGGUUCCAAAAUAUAAUUAUUUUAUUUACAUACAUUAGUAUAAGCUAUAAACUUUAAAUAGUAUAAAUAAUUCAUUAAUAUAAGAUCAUCUGAGAUUUCUAAUAUUUCUCAUUCUUUUAAUUAUAAAGAUAUACAAAAUCUGAAUUCCAAAUAGGUAUUUAAAUUUAACAUUUAAAAUUAUUAUUCUUUUCGAGUUUUGAUUACAUGUGAGACAUUUAUUACAAUAAUAUUAAUUGGAAAUGUUUUUCCCAGUAAACCCCAUAAUUCACACAGAUUAUUGCCAUAGUAUACAAAAAAUGUAGGUCAAUAAAACUUUUUCCAUAUUUUUGUAAGAAAAUUAUAGACAAAAAAGUAAAACAAAAAUUAAUAAUUUAUAUUACGUGCCUACUAAAAAUCAAUUGGAACUGGUAUCAACAUUUUUAGGAACCAAUACCUUUAAUUUUGUUUUAUUAAAAGACCGGUAUAGUUAUUUUAUUUUUGGAGAACCAGUACCGGAACCGAUAAAUUUAAAAGGUUCCAGUCCCUGAUUGAGAGAGUAAUUAGAAGAAGAAAGUGGAAUUAAGAAUGGUAGAGAAAAAUGUAUAAGACAAAGUGGAAUUUUAAAAGAGAGUUGAGAUCAAAGAAAGAGAACCUAUUUUGCCAGAUAUGAGAUUAGAGAGAAAGAUAAUUUAAAAAAAGUGCCUGCAAUCAGCAGCCUUAAAUCAUGGUGAAUAGAGGAGUACUCAUGAAGGGAUAUUAAAACAGAACGCGUUUAAAUUUAUAUUAAUAAAAACUGUAUUUUUUUAAAUCAAAAUAAUAUUUUCAAGAAAACAACUCAAAUUUUCAAGUCUUGUUCAGAAUUAAAAUUUAUUUAUUACUUUUAAAUUGUACAUUUUCUUUAUAGUCAUAAACUAUAUUAUAUCAAAUUGUUUAUGAUAACAGAUCGGUCUUACUUACGAAUAACUGAACAAACAUUUGAUGGAUUACCCUUUGAUGUAAGCUUUAAAAUCGAUGAAAUUAAUAAUAAUUGGAACAAAAUUUAAUGAUAUUUCAUUUUUUUAGAUACUUAUGCAAGGUAUAGUUAGCCUUGGUAUGUCUAUGUAUGGGAUAUUGUAUUCGGCUGGUGAUUUCAAGGAAAUAAGAGCUAUGGAAGAUUUAGGACUCAAAACAUUGGAGACUUUACAUAAUACACCUUCAUUUUAUAUAUUUAAUCAUAGGGGUAAAGCUAUAUUUUCAAGCCUUUAAUUAGCCUUACUUAUUUAAUCUAUAUAUAUAUAUAUAUAUAUAUAUAUCUAUAUAUAGAUAUAUAUAGAUAUAUAUAUAUUAUGUUGUAAUAUUUUAUAAUUGUUUUUUUUUUUUUUUUUUUUUUUUUUUUAUAUUUAAAUUGUAUAUGGAAUUUGUAAUUCAUUAAAUGGGUGACCCCAAAUAGUUGAAGAAGCUAUUGAAUGUGUGAUCUACAAUAAUUAUAAGGGUAAAUUUGUUAAUUUGCUCAAUUUGUUUAUCAAACUAUAUGUCACUUAGAAAUUUAAUAUCUUGUAUGCUAGAGUCAUUUGAUGCAUUCUGUCUGUUCCUCUUCUAACAAUUUUUUUCAUCUAAUUAUCAAUCAAAUGGAAAAUUCCAAUAGAUUGAUAGUUAAAGAAUACUGAUUUUAAUAUUUUUGUUUAAUUUAAUAUCAAUUUUCUGUAAUCAGUUAGCUAUUAAUUUACUUUUUUUUUUAACAGUCAAUUUAGUACAAAUCAAACAUAAAAUACACAUGAAUGAUACAAUGAUAACUGAGUAUAAUUUGAGUAGUUAUAGUGAGUGAAAAUGAAAAUGAAAAAUGAAAAUUUAUUUAUUAUUGUUAAUAGAUUUUAUAAAUAUCAUGAACUUGUGCUUGAUAGUUAUCCAUCAUUUAAUGGAUUUAAAUAGAUUUCUAUUGAGAGGCAAUCAGAUAUUUAAAAUUUUAUUUUUCAUAAAAUUACGUUAAAUUUCUAAUUUGAUUGAUCAUCAAGUUUAAUGCAAAUCAUACAUUUACUACUUAUAAGUUAUUGUAUCAAAUUAACUAUUUUUUUAUAUUUUAUAUAAUAUUUUCAUGCCAUCAUGCUAUGUGAGAGGGAGAGGUUUUUUUGUGUAUUAAUUCUAUUUUGUUCAGACCUAUCUCACAAGACUAAAGGUUAAAUUUAACUUCUUGGUAAUUUUUUUUUUCAAUAUAUUUUUAUUGUUAUCAUAGAUGUAUGCAGGAAAAAUAUACAAAUAAAUUGAAAAACAAUGGAAAAAUAUUUUCAGUCAAUAAGAGAUAAAAUGAUAAUUGUACAUCACACAUUCAACAAAUAUUCAGCAUUUUAACUGUAUAUUUAGAAAAUCUAGUUACCACUUCUUAUUUACAAAUGAAGUUUGUGACAUUUUACCAUACAAUAAUAGUAUAUUGUAUUAAAUUAGGGUUAUACAAACACCAUGAUAUUUAAAAUUAAAAUCAUAGUUGUAUCCACCUUCAUGGCUGGUGAAACACUGUGCAUUUUUAGUUGUAACUAUGCACUAUACAAAACUUUUCUCAUGGUAUUAUAAUAUUAGCACCUAAUAUUUCCAGCCAUAUGUUUAGCUAUCAAAAUUAUUUUACCUUGAACUUAAAAUUAUGGUAAUUUUAUGCUGCUAUUACUUACACAUAGGAUAAUAAAUUAAUAAUUCCAGAUCCUUUCACUAUCUAAAUGCAUUUGAUGUAAUAAUAACAAAAAACAAAUAAAUUAUAGAUAAUAAUGAUCUUUAUUGGAUAGGUGGACCACUGUUUUAGAUGAGAGAUUAAUAGUAUUGCUUUUUCAACAAUACUUGUCAUAAUAUAGUAAAUAAAAUACAGGGUGUCCCACAUCAAAUUUUGUUUUUUUUUUUUUUUAUAUUACCCACUAGGAUAAGGACUACAGAUAUUUAUAUUACAAUUAAUUUUUUAUGUAUUAGUAAAAAAUUAAAAAAAUAACUUUGUUUAAUUAUUUUUGUAAAAUUUGAAGAUAGCCUAUUUUAUAUAGUUUAUUUUUCUGUUAAUUUUGAUUUAUCAACUUUUUAUUUUUGUUACAUUUGUGAUGUUUUAAAGUUUAGUGAUAAAUAUCUAUAAUUAUGCAGCAGGCUGUAAUCAAUUCUUUAUUGAUUAUUAUUAUUAUUACAAUAAAUUUAUUGUAUACUUCUUUUCAGAACCUUUAAAAACUAUUAAAAAUCAUAAAUUUAAUGAAAAUAAAAAGUUGAUACUUAUAAUAAAUCUUGUGUUAAAUUUUUAUAUAUUUUUGUUUAGUUUAAUAAUUGUACUACAGAAUACUUACCCAAUAAAAAACAAAACUUGCAAAAUUAAAAUGUCUAUAAAUAGUUCAAAAUUUUGUUAAAAAUUUUACCACAUCUAGAAAAGUAAAUAUAAGUUUUGUGUCCAAAUUUAAGUCUUUGUGAAAUUUUUUAAUUGAAUUACAACAAAACAAAAUUGAAAAUAAUAAAAUCAUUAUUAUUUUUUUUUAAUUUUCCUGGUUUUCUUAUAUUUUUAUCCCUGGACUCCCCCGAUAUUAUGAAAAUUGCUUAAUAAAUUAAAAUUGGCCUUACUAAAGUACCUUCUAGACAAUAUUGUCUUUAAGAAAAAGUGCUGUAAUUACAUGUCAAAGUAAGAUUUCGGGUAGAAAUCUUUGUCACAGUAUCAGAAAAAAAAAAGACAUUGUAAAACCAUUACAUUCUUCGCUACAUUCAGAAUCUAAAAAAUAGAACAAACUUCAUAAAUAAAAAGGUUUUUUUUUAAAAAAAAAAAAAUAAUUAGACUUAUAUUUGAAAAGCUAUGUUUAAUUUAUCUAGUAUUUUUUAAACUUAUUUUAAAAAUAUUGACUUCAACCAGUAUAGUAAACAUAAUAACAGUAUACUGUACCUAGAAAAAUAGGAACCCAGUGACAACAAUUUAUUCAUAAGAAAAAAACAGCUAAACCUGUCUACUGGGCAGUCCCUCAUAUAUUUAUUGUAAACAUAUUAAAUACAGAACUUUUAAUUUUUUUAUUGGUGUCUUUGUAUUUAUUUCUAGAUUGUAAUAAUGUCUUCAACAAUUUCAGUAACAAAAUUAACAAAUGUAUGUUUUGAUUAGUAAUUAACAAUCAUCUACUAACUGAAAUAUAUAACCAUUUAUUAGAGAGUAAAAUGUGUGGCGGAAAAUUGAAUUUUUCUAAAUAUCUGAAUAUUAGACCCCCACUCUGCUAUGUGAGUUGACCUAAAAUAAUUUUCUAGUCUAAAUCAAAAAGUGGUUGCCCCUAGUCCAACAAAAACUGAAAUGACACCACUGGUGUUAUAAUAUUGUAAUAUUAUAGACUAAUACUUUAAAAGCUGUGUAAACUUACUAGUUAUUUAUCAUUUUUUUCAACAAUCAAUUUUUAAUCUAACAUACAUUUCAAUGGAUUUUAAGGAAAGUCUUAAAAGUAUAUUUUUUAAUUUAGUUUUUUUUUUUAGUUACUUAGUUAUUAAAUGUGAGUAGCAUGUAUACUGCCCUAAAUUCACUCACAGUCACCACAUCUCCCUCAUUAAUUUUAUAGAUUUAGUGUAUCAAAAAUAUAACAAUUGGUGAUAUUGCAUUAUAAUGUGUAUGUUCAAUAUUCAUAAUCAGAUUUCGAUUAAAUUGAUAUAAGACAGGUUAGGUACAGUUAUUCUAAAAUGAUUAGGAAAUAUAAUGAGGACCUAAUAAUGUAAUUUCUACCUAUAUUUAAAUUUGUAAUAUUUAUAGGAUCCCUUUUGAAGUCAUAAAAUUAUAGUUUGAUCACUAGUAAUUUUAUUAAUAUAUAGUUUAAAAUAAAUUUUGAAUAAUUUAAAUUGUUUGAAAAUAUACUUAAUUACAAUUAAAAAACAUUAAAUUUUAUUGCAAUUAAAUAAAUUACUCAAAAAUUAAAAUAGCUAAAUUAAUAUUUGGAACACAUUGCUUAUUACAGGGUUGCCACAGACCCUUACUUAUGAACUUUCUUGACUUUUCCAAGGUUUCCAAAAAAUUUAAUACAUUUACUAGAAUUAAACAAAUGUAUAUAAAUAUCUAUUAAUAUUUGUUUGUAAAAUACUGUUAAUAAUAAUAAAUAUUACAACAUAUUUGUAAAAAAUUUAAAGUAGGAUGUACUAAUGGUUAAAUUAUGUGUUUUGUAAUCAAAUAUAUAGUAUUUCAUGUAUAUAUAUAUAUAUAUAUUCCAUACCAUACUAUGUUAGUGUGGUUCUCAUUUUAUCAAUGAAAAAAAAAAAGUAAACAAUUUUGAUUGAGCAUCUCUUACUUUACUUGUCAAUAUAAGAGAAUAAUUUUAGUGAAAUUUAGUAAUGAUAGCUCAAUUCCUUCAUAUGCUAUAAAAGGGUUGAAAAAUGACCAAAAGACGAAAGUUUAAUAUUUUUUCAAAUUUAAUUUAAAAACUAUAGCACUUAUAUACAGUACUUGACCUAUGAUUCAGAACAUACAAUUAUCUAUAAAAUAUGUCUUUAUAAAAUUGUUCGUAAAAUUAUAAUUUCUGAAGAAAUCAAUAAAAUAUGUCAGUUAAUAGUGAUAUUUUGUCAUCAAUAUAUAUGUCAUAUUAUGUUAAAAUAAUUAAAUACACAUAUUUCCUUUGAUAAUAUUUGUUUAAUGUCCUAUAUUUUUCAUGUUUUUUCUUAGUUCACAUUUUGCUGGGAAAACUUUGGAAAAUCGAAAAAUAACCUCCUUUAGUACUUUCCCACGCUGAUAUCCUUUCAGUAAAAGGUGCUACACUUAAAAAUUGGAUCAAAAUCUUUGGUAGAAAAGUUGUACACAGAAAAAAAAUAAACAUCUUUGUAAAACUAUAUUAAGUUUCUUCUCUUCACUCAGAAUCUAAAAGUUGCAUGCAUAUAAUAUCUAAUCAACAGUAAACAUUUCUGAAUGCAUGUAAAUAUGUAUUACUAAGUAUAAUAGUUAACUAAAAAAAAAAAAUAAAAUUGCAUGGCUUUGUGUUUUCAAUUUAGCGAUUACACAUUGUAUGUCUGUAUAUGAUAAAUUUAUAAACUUGAUCAGUUAGAUAUUAGUUAUAAUUAUUGUCAAUUCAGGAGGCAUAUGACGGUAUGAGUACCCAAAAGCCGAGCUCUUACUGUUGGAAAGCCCAGAUGGAUGACUAGAUAAGAGUUUAUUUGAUGUAAUUGAGAAUGAUAUGUAUACACCCCUCUUUAUGUGUGUGAGUGUGUGUGUGUAUGGUGGGAGAUGGAGUUAGAUGGAAGUUUAGAGGCUGGUGGCCAAUCUCAAAGAGUUGGGGUGAAGGUGAUCGAGAAGAAGAACAUAAGUUAUAAUUAGAGUCCAGAUAUUUAUGUUUUUACAUAUACGAGCAUUAUGACAUGCAUAAUAUAAGCAGUAAUAUAUAAGUAAACAUAUGGAUGAUUCCAUCAAUAGAUUUCACAGAUAAAAGAUUUUUCGGAUUAGAUAAUAUUUUAGUAAAUUUAACAUAUUUUAGAAUAUUUUCUAAACUGUGAGAAAAAAAAAUUGCAAUUUAUAGAAGUUUUAAUUAUUUAUUAUUAUUAAUUUUAAUAUUAAGGAACUUGAAAAAUAUAUUGUUUGAAUCAUUUAAAUAACAUAAUUUAUUUUUUAAAUAAUUUUGAUAAAAAAAAGGAAAAGUUAUUAUGAGCAAAUUCUUGUUAUAGCUUGUGAGUGAGCAUAUUAUAAGACUGUGGCUGUAGGUUAAUAUAUUAUGAUACAAUAAAGUCAAAUUUUAUUAUUGCAUUAUAAAUAUAUCAAUUAUUCAUGACUGUGUGAACUCACAAUAAGAUUAUAUAAUAUACACACCUAAUUAUUAAUACCUAAAAUAUUAUAACUUUAUUAUAAAUUAUCAUAAACUGUAAAAUAUUUGUAUAAAUAUACAAUAUAAAUAUACUGGAAUACACAUAACACCACAAAUUAUGUAAGAUUGUUGGCAUUUAAAAUUGAGUUAUCAAAAUUCCAAAAAAAAUUUUCAAAUUUGCGGUAACCCAUAGUAAAAGUGAUGAAUAUUAAAAAUUAAUUAAAAUUUACUAGUAUAUUUAACUUAAAUUAAGAAUUUUAGAAAUUCUUAGAUUAAUUUUAAUCUUUUAUAAACUAUAAAGAAUAUUAUAUUUCAUGGGCCCAUUCAUACAAAAGUGGAAACAAAACCUUUGUAAAGUGAAGUAAUUUCUUCAUAUUUGACAUACUGAAAUAUAAUAUUUUAUAAUAAUGAUAAUAUUAUUCUUAUUACUCACAUACUUUAAGUAUAAAUUAUAUAUUUUUACAAGACAAUCUAUAGCUCCUCUACAGAUGAGGUUAUUACAGAUCAUGUUAUGUUUAUUUAUAUUUUGAUUCAUUAGUUUGUAAUUAAAAUGAAGUAUUUUAAAUAAAAUAGCUACAACAUUUUACAAAAAAGACAGACAUACUUGGCAAGUGGUGCUUUGUCAAAAUAUAUGUCAUUGUCAUAUUAUGGUAAAAUAAUUAAAUAGCCAUUAUAUAUUUUUUUAAUAUGGUACCGAUUUUCCCAUUAUUUACAUGCCAGAUUUUUACAUUUGCUAGGAAAAAUCGAAAAAUGAUCUUAAAUACCUUCCCAGUCAAGAUUUAUUUAAAGCAGAAAAAGUGUUAUCAUUGUAAAUCAGAGCAAAAUUGCUGUUAGAAAAGUUGUUCACAGGAAAAAAAGGCCGAAAUAUUUUUCAACUAAUACUUACAUUUCGUAUUUUUCCUCUCAAGAAAUUUCCUUUUAGAAAAGGGUCUACAUUGUAUACAUUGGAGUAAGGUUUCAGGUAGAAAAAGUGUUCGCAUAUUAAAAAAAAAUAUUAACAUCUUUGUAAAACCAAUACAUUAUUCGCUACAUUCAGAAUGUAUUGAUGGAAUUGAUUGCCCAGUGUCAAUUAUUAGCAAGAUUAGACACUUUAAUAAGUUAAAACAAGGUAAUAUUGUAACUUAAUUUUUUUUUGAUUUCAUAAGUUAAAAGUUAAUUUCUAAAAAAAUUAAAUAAGUUAUUAUUUAUUUACCUAGUUAGUAAAACUAUAGUUCUGUUGGCAAUCAAAAUAUCUUCAUAAAAGAAUUUAAUUCAGGGGUUUCCAAUCUUUUUUUUGGUAGGCCAAAACUAGAGACCCAAUUUGGGGACGGCACAGCCCACUUGAUCCAUCACAACUUUUUUAUAGCCCAGUUGCGUUUAAAUCGUGCAACGUUGCCACACUAUUAUUUCAUAAUUGCGCACAUAUUUAUUUACUAAUUUAACUAUUUUCAUUUUUAACAUUACAUCCUUAUCGGUCCAUUUUAUCAUAAUUGCAGUUCAUGACAAUUCUCACUUCUCUCUGUGAACCUUAUAGUGAAGUUAGUACUUAUUAUUUAUUUUGCGGUAUACACUUAUAAGUUAAAAUGGAUUUUAAAAUAACAAAAACUACUAAAAAUAUAUAUUACUUAUUAUUUAUAUACCACUUUAUUUUUGUGAGAUUGACUACAAUGUAUUUUAUACAGUUUAAUUCCGAGUUUUAUUGGGUGAGCGUGCCACCCUACAACCAUGCACCCUGUUUUAGCUUAUGGCCAGUAAGGAGUCACGGAUGUUCAGGAUGGUCCGGAGUGGCAAGCCGAUCGAGCGUUCUCCCGUGUCGUUCCAAGGUCCACAAGAACCGCGGAACCCGAAACUAUGGAGCCCCGCGUACCAAUGGGUUCAGACCGAGCGCUGCCCAUCUCCCACCGUUGGUUUGGCCACAGCCUACCUCACUGCUUUCCUCUUUUGAUCAUGGACAACCUUCGGUGUGGUGUAAGCUCGCCGAGAGACUGAGUAGGCAUCAGGGAGAUAUCCUGGUUCACGGCCGAAGCCGCUUGCGAGGCCGUUCGAACUAGAGUUUUCCUCGAGUCAACAUUUGAACCAUAAUCUCAAUAUCACUCCAGUGAUAGUCACCACGAAAUCAUUCCAUUGCCGGCCGGAACCUGGCCAAGACCGAGGCAGCGUGGGUUCCCGCCAUCCCGUGGUACCAUCAUUGGCAUCGCUGGUGAAAUGCUCGACCGGGAGCAUCGUCGGCCGUAGCCCUUUGCUAUCGGUCUAUCCGGAUUGGAGAGCGUCCUCGAGCUUUGGGUGGGCUCUUACACGGAGCGCUCGCUUGUGUUUUGCCCGUUUAGUCGCCUUCUACGAUAUCAAGCAGUACUUGCUGUUGCCGCUAUUCUCUCUUUGGACAACAUGGAGUGAGAUCGACUACAGUGAAUAACUUUUUGCGGUAUUGGUAGUUGUAAAGUUAUUCAAUUAAUACUUUAUUAGUCUUUUAUGUAAGUUAUUGUCAUAUUAAAUAAUUUUUUUAAACACAAAAUUAUAUAAAUUAAACUAUAGUGUUAAGACAAUUUAUUAUUAUUAAGUAUUACAAUUUGCUAAUUCAUCUAAUUUACGUACCCACCGUGAUUUAGAAAAUUCAUAACAUGAAAUGGCAACGUUGUAAGCGAAAUGAGCGCAUAUGAGCUAUAAAUCGACAGGUAGUACAUUAUCUUUUGGGCGCAUCUGUCCACAUCCCUCGGGGCGCAAAUGUGCUGUACUUGUUGGAGAAACCUGAGUUAAAUAAAUGCAUUUUACAUAUGGUUUUUAAAGCACAGAGCUUUAUAAGAAAUAAAUAUAGACUAUAGCUAUAUAAAAUGAAAUGUUAACAUUUUACAAAAAAGAUACAGUUUUGUAACUAAUAAUUAAUUAAUUAGAGCAAAUUGUAUAAAUCAAUAAUCGUAACUAAACUUAUUAGUUAUUAAUAAUUUAAAUUAAAACUCAGGCACCUUGUGGCUAUAGUUGUAUGAUUUAGGUCAACAUCAUAUUGUAUUUUAUUAUUAUUAAUCAUUAUUAUACAUUUGUUGUCAAUAUUGUUACAUUUAGUCUAUAAACUAAACGCAUAUUCAAAUUUUACAAAUUAAUCUAGUAAGGUAUUUCAAGUAAAACUAUAACAAGUUCAAAUAAUUCAAUAGAAUCUAUUCUUUAAAUUGCAUAAUAUGUAUAAUGUUACAGGUAAAAGUCGAAAUUGGUUAAACCUCAAAAAUUCCAAAAACACAACUGUCCACUAUAUUUGGGUAAAGAAUCAUAUUGUUUUAUAGUAUCAAUAUUUCGACCAACAAGAUUUGGGCAAAACAGUAGUGAUUAACAAUAAUGCAAAUAGUAUGUUUUUGUUUUAAUUAUAAAUAUGUAUAUAAUUCAUGUCAAAACGGUUUAUAUAAUCUGAACACUAUAGAUAUUAGGUUAAAGUAUUUACUUUAUUUAAUAAUUUUGUUAUAAUAAUUGUAACUAUAGGUAACAAAAACAACAUUUUAAAAGAGGGAGGAAAAAAUAUAGAAACUCAAGAAUUAGAAAUGCGAGCAAAAGAAAUGAAAUCAAUAAAUAAAAAUAAAUUUCUACCACUGACAGUCAAGACAAUAGUGAUAAUUUCAAGGUGUUGUGUUUGAAGAAAAUUUAAUAUAAGGGUUUAUAUUAAGUACUACAGAAGAUGGAUUUCAUAAACUAGGAUUUUCAAUGAUAAAAAAUGGAUUUUCGUCAUUACUAUAUUCCAGAAACCAGAUAUUUGAGUGCAAGUAACUUUUAAUUAGCAAUAAAGAUGUAUCGACUUACGAAUUACGAAGUGUAGAAUGAAGAAAUGCAAAUGCAAGGAACAAAAUGCUAUUUUUUUUUUUAAAUACACGACGACAAAUAAGUACAAUUAUUUUAAUUUAUAAAUAAAAAAAAAAACAAAAAAUAGAAAAAUAUCUUUAUAAAAUAUAUAAUUUUCUUUAAAGACAUGUUUAAUUUAACUAGGU